AUGAAUGGAGAUGUUUUCUUCUAUCCCAUUGACACCAAUGAAUUGAAUCAACUUCCUAUUAAACUACAACCAAAUCAACAUUCUUCAACAUCAUCGGCAACGUCAUCUAAUACAACAACAACACCAGAUAAUAAGAAUAAAUAUUCAAAAUAUAAUAUAUCAUUAAGUAUAGUUUUAGAACAUCGUGUAUUCGUUUUAGAUUUCUUAGAGAGUGUUUUCCCGUAUCAACCAACUACAGUAUCGACACCGACACCGACAACGACACCUACAACAACCCAACAAACAGGUGGUAACAAUAAUAGUAACAGUAAUAGUAAUAGUAAUAAAAGUCAAGAUAACGUUAAUCGUAAAGUCAAUGGUUUAAUGAAUCAGAAUGAUACCAAUAAAUCAAAAGAAAAAGAGAAAGAGAAGGAAAAAGAAAAAGAAAAAGAAAAGGAUAAUAAUGGUACCAAAAGAAAGGAAAAGGAGAGCAAUCUAAUCAAUUUGAACAGUCUUGAUGUCAUUGGAACAAGAUAUAGAAAACCAAGAAAAGUACUACUCUCACAUGACAAACGAUUAUUGAUGGUGAUUGGAAGUUUUCAUAAAGGUUUAAGAUGUUUAACUGUUUACAAGAUAAAUGAAGAUGGACCAGAUUAUCUACAAUUGAUAUUCUAUGAUAGUAGCUUUACAUAUAUAGAUGCAUGUUUUUCAUCGGAUUCACAGAUGCUUGUCGCCAUUCUAGCACGAUUUCCCAACUAUUUAUUCUUUAUUCAGCUACCGACAAUCUCGCCAGUGAAGAAACUAGCAUCCGAUGCAUUCAAACUACAGCAACAGUAUAGAUCACAGUUUUGUAUGCAUAUUAGAUCUACUGGUUCAUUUGGAACUAACAAUAACAACAAUAACAUCAACUCUGAACAUCAACAAAAUAAUAAUAAUAUUAAUCCAGCUAGUAUAUUACAGAGUGAAGCUAAUCAAUAUCAACAUUUAUUGAAUUGUAAGACGAUAAACUAUGAACCUAGAAAGAUUGGACCGAUGGCUAUUGUUGGACCGGCAAAGAAUGCUCUGGGUGCAGCAUAUGCACCGACACAUAUCGCUUCGAAUCCGGCACCGGUCAACAGGAGUACCGAUCGCAUCGAGUCGUUUGAGUAUGUCACAUGGAAUGACGAGGGUCUUGGGGAAUACUGUCUAUGGAGCGUUGGAAAGGAGUCGACAAGCAGCAACAGCAAUCGUCCGAUUCCAUCGUUGAAAUUCGAGUGGAUGACACGCUUCAUCGGUCCCAUUGUUCCGGAUCGUGUUUGGAUCGAGAAAGAGAGUUCGCCAAAGAACUAUAUCAUCAAUAUGGAUUUCUCACCAAAGGGUGACCUCGUCAUGGUGAUAGUGCGACGCGAGAAUCACGAUAGAAAUUCGAAACUCUCCAAUGGAAUAGGAAUUCAAACUAUAAGUGCACAUCUUAGGAAUAUCAAUGGUAGUAGUUCUGAAUAUGAUGAAAAAUAUAAUAGUAAUAGUAAUAGUAACAAUAGCAAUAAUGAUGGAAAUAAUAAUAGUAGUGAAAUUAAUGGACAACAACAACAGGAUGCAAAUAAUACAUAUGGAUAUCAAAAUCCAAUGGGUAUAAUAGGUGGAGAUACAGCAUCUCCUUGGAUUCAGGUUGCCGAUAAUAUGGAUCAGAUAAUCACAGCGAAAUGGACGGAUUCUUUAUUUUUCGGAAGUAGAAUGUCACCUUCGAUUUUGGUGCGUGGUGUUGGUAUCUAUGAGUUGGUUUCAAGGAACAAUUGUGCAUUGUUUACCAAUGGAUCCGAUGAUUUUCUAAACUGUUCAAACUAUCUUCAAUUGGGACGAUAUCACAGGUUAUGGAUGGAGAAUAGUGAGUUCAACGUCUAUCUGAUAACUUUGACACCAAAGAACAACGAUUGUAUCGAAUGGAAACGUGUGUUUGAACAGAAGGAUCAAUCUCAGUUCAGUAAAUCACUCAAAAUGAUUGGAUACAACUUGAUAGAUCAUAGUGGUUUACAAGGUAGCAGUGGUGCCGUUGGAAGUGGUGUAUCCGCAUCAACAACAACAGCAACAACAACGCCACAACAUGGAAGUAGUAGUGGAUUGACUGGUAGUAGUAACUCUGGUGGUGGUGGGGGUGGUAGUAGUAGUAGUAAUGCCAAUGGAAAUCAUACCAAUAGUAAGAUUAGUAACAAGUUGGCCAAUCAAAAGAAAAUGGAUGAGAUGUUGGCAAUGCUGUCGUUUACCAAUGGCGAAGUGCAGGAGAAGAACGGUCGUGGCGAAGGUGAUGUAUACAUUGGAUUACAACUCUAUAGAUGUGGCAAGUGUAAAUUAUCUCUGAUGAAACCACUGAUUUGUGGCAACUGUAAAUCAGUAUCGUAUUGCUCAAAGAUAUGUCAACAGGAACAUUGGGACUUCCAUAAAGAUAUAUGUAAAGCUCCAACUCCUCCUACACAAACACCAUCUAUUCAACAGUAUUAUUCAUAA